CCCAUUGAUUUCUACAUCGAUAUAAAUUUUGAAUUCAAUUUUUCGGCACGGAUUACGAUUCCAGUAAAACAGCGAGCAACAUCAAAUUUAUUGCGUACCGAUAUAUCAGUGCCGACCAUGUAUUCGCUUCUAUCUUUUCGUACUGUUGUCUUGACUGUAACAGUCGUUGCGCAAGGCAUUGCAGCACAGGAAUACGAUUAUCCCGCUGGUAAAACCUUUAAGACUGGCAUGUGCAACGUCUGCCGUGAUACUCCUAACCCCUUGGUAGCUUGGCGAAAUCUUGCCAACCGACAAGAGUCCUUCAAAAUGGAGGGGGAAACAUGGACGUGUGGUUAUCUUCAGGAUACGGUACAAGAUGUAAAUCCCUACAACGGGGGAGGGGAGGCCCGCUGGUGUGCACUYGCGCAAACCUUUGCCAAUGAUUAUUGCACCUGUACGGGUCCAGAKAUUGGAAACAUGAACGACAAUGUGAAACAGAUUAACCCAGCCUGUGAUCUUUGCCAAGGUCAGCAAUUAAGCUACGUUCCAAGUGUAAACUCUGGAAUUACUGCCAACACCGGUGUUGCCGGAAACAUGAACUGUCAAGGCCUUUACAAUGCGAUGGCUCAGGGAGUCCUGACGAGCARCCUCUGCCCCACGGUUAUUGCCAAUGCAGGUCCCACUUGUUGUGCUGUAGAAAAAAUUGAUAUCAACCAGGUUGGAGGGUUCGGAGGAGGUUCCAACAACAAUAACAACAGCAACAACAACAAUAACCAACCACGAUGUGCAUCAGCAGCCCAAGUGUGCAGAGCAAACGGAGACUGCUGUCCUGGUCUUGAGUGCAAGGUGAAGGUUUGGAAUGGACCUAAGUACUGCGCGUCAUCGAAAAGCCGACCACGAACUAGUAUCGCGGGUGCUGGCGUAGGGGGAGCAGCUGGACGAUCACGUUCGGGACACUAAASUWCUCUGCCAUCCGAUCGCACAGCACGUACUAGGACUACUAGAGCUAACAUACAACUCACACAACAAAAACUGUCUGUUUUUCUCUCGAUGGGCCAUCAAUCAGGGAAAAAUUGUUUUGACCUGUUUCAAUAGACGAUGAAUUCACAAAUGUAACAAUAUUAAUACUUCAUAACUCAACAAGGAAGCUUGCUACCUUUCUUCUGCACAGCCACUUCGAUGAAUAUUAGCACGUC